CAAGGGUGGAUAUUAUACAUGCAGUGUGGAAUUUAUGAAAAUAGAAUCCCGCAAGACUUUGUAGCUAGCAGAAAUGAAGAAGCAAUUAGCAUCAAGGCGUUUGCUGAUGUGGGUUAUGGUACAUUUGAGCAUUUCAGGAGUGUUGUCCAAGUUCAACCACACCACAACUUCAGUACUGUGCGAUGGCUCCGUAGAAGACUGCCUCAACGUUCACCACUUGGACUCACAGCUUCCCACCAUCUCCAGCACCCACUUCCGCAGAAUCCUCGCUGGAGAAAAAUGCUGCAAAGGUAACACUCAGACUGCAGGUACAGGUGAUCCCAAUAAUCCCAACUUCUGUUCGACCGCAACCGGUUAUCAUAAGUGUGGUGCCGCAACUGAUCCUGGUCAACCCAACCGAUGUGCUGAUCCAGAUGCCUACCUCAGGCCUUGCCAUAUUUAAGCUAUUUAUGUAUUAUUUCUAAUGCUUUUGCUUCCUCCCUCCACUGUUGUCUCUAUUAUUGUGCAUUUUUCCGUUAUUGCAAUAACAAUAACUCCGCCCCCUGAACUGGACAAAUUCCGGGGAAGAGAUUCGAUCUGAACAUGUAUAUGCAUGUAUGCUUUUCUGCUUUAUAUUUA